CGCUUAUUGGCCUCCAACAAGCGCAGGGAAUCCGCGAUUGGUAAAUUUAGUGCCCGGCUUGUGACGUAACGAUAUCGCGAUAUCUCCCGGCGCUGCCGUUUUUCCCAUCCCUCCUCCUAUGACAGCGAGAACUUUCGAGAUCUCACGCGGUUCCAUUCAUCUCCCCCACAGCGGUGACUAGCACAGUGCGGUUGUCCGCCAGAUCUCAGUGCUUCCCGCUGCCCCUCAGCUGUCCACCCUGCUCGUCGUUGUGCUGUAGACAUGUCGGUGGUGGGCUUUGACUUUGGAUUCCAGAGCUGCUAUGUCGCCGUCGCUCGGGCCGGGGGUAUUGAAACGGUGGCCAAUGAGUACAGCGACCGCAGCACCCCAGCAUGUAUUUCCUUUGGUCCGAAGAAUCGGUCUAUUGGAGCAGCAGCCAAAAGCCAAGUAAUAUCAAAUGCAAAGAACACAUUACAAGGCUUCAAAAGGUUCCAUGGGCGGGCAUACACGGAUCCAUUUGUGCAAGCGGAAAAGCCUGGUCUUGCCUAUGAAAUUGUGGAGUUGCCAACAGGCUCUGCAGGAAUUAAGGUUGUAUACUUGGAAGAGGAGAAAUGUUUUACCACUGAACAGGUGACUGCAAUGCAGCUAACCAAGCUGAAAGAAACCGCAGAGAGUGCAUUAAAGAAACCUGUAGUGGACUGCGUUGUGGCUGUACCCUCUUUCUUUACGGAUGCAGAACGGCGGUCUGUAGUUGAUGCCACACAGAUUGCAGGGCUGAAUUGUUUGCGCCUUAUUAAUGAAACAACUGCAGUUGCUUUGGCUUAUGGUAUCUAUAAACAAGACUUGCCUGCUCCAGAAGAGAAACCCAGAAUUGUUGUUUUUGUGGAUAUGGGACAUUCUGCCUAUCAAGUGUCUGUCUGUGCAUUCAACAAGGGCAAACUAAAAGUCCUAGCCACAUCAUUUGACCCUACAUUGGGUGGCAGGAAGUUUGAUGACGUUUUGGUAAGCUAUUUCGUUGAAGAAUUCGGUAAAAAAUACAAGCUGGAAAUCAAGUCCAAGAUUAGGCCUUUGCUACGUCUUGCUCAGGAGUGUGAGAAGCUUAAGAAGCUGAUGAGCGCAAAUGCUUCUCAGCUACCACUUAAUAUUGAAUGUUUCAUGAAUGACAUUGAUGUGUCUGGAUCUAUGAAUCGAGGACAUUUUGAAGAAAUGUGUGACAGUCUUUUAUCUCGAGUUGAACCACCUCUACGAAGUGUUUUGGAACAAGCCAAGCUAAAAAAAGAAGAUAUUUAUGCAGUAGAGAUUGUUGGUGGUGCCACUCGAAUCCCUGCUGUGAAGGAGAGAAUAAUGAGGUUCUUCGGCAAAGAAGUCAGUACAACACUGAAUGCUGAUGAAGCUGUAGCCAGAGGUUGUGCAUUGCAGUGUGCCAUCCUAUCCCCAGCUUUUAAAGUGCGAGAAUUUUCUAUCACAGAUCUAGUACCAUAUCCCAUAUCAUUAAAAUGGAAUUCUCCAGCUGAGGAAGGUUUAAGUGAUUGUGAAGUCUUCCCUAAGAAUCAUGCAGCUCCUUUCUCCAAAGUGCUUACGUUCUACAGAAAGGAUUCCUUUAAUCUGGAUGCUUACUACAGUGCUCCAAAGGAAUUGCCCUAUCCAGACCCCUCCUUAGGUCAAUUUCACAUUCAGAAAGUCAUCCCACAAGCUGACGGGUCCAGCUCUAAAGUAAAGGUGAAAGUACGUGUGAACAUCCAUGGAAUAUUUAGUGUAUCCAGUGCCUCUCUCGUUGAGAUACACAAAACAGAAGACGGUGAGGAACCCAUGGAAACAGAUCAGGUUACAAAGGAGGAGGAGAAAAUGCAAGUUGAUCAAGAAGAGCCUAAACUAGAAGAGAACCAGCAAGCACAAGCAGAAACCAAGACUAAUCCUGAUGAGAUGGAGACCUCACAACCUGGGGCCAAGGAUAAAAAGACUGAUCAGCCUCCCCAAGCCAAGAAAGCAAAAGUGAAGACCAGCACAGUGGACUUGCCCAUUGAGCACUACCCACCAUGGCAGAUUGGCCGGGACAUGCUAAAUUUAUUUGUCGAGAAUGAGGGCAAGAUGAUCAUGCAAGACAAACUGGAGAAGGAAAGGAUUGAUGCCAAGAAUGCAGUAGAAGAAUAUGUGUAUGAGAUGAGGGACAAGCUGAGUGGGAUCUAUGAGAAGUUUGUCAGUGAAGAUGACCGGAACAGCUUCAUUCUGAAACUAGAGGACACUGAAAACUGGCUGUACGAAGAUGGGGAAGAUCAGCUCAAACAAGUUUAUAUCGAUAAGUUAAAUGAUUUAAAGAAAUUAGGGAACCCUAUACAGAUACGCAAUCAGGAAUACGAGGAAAGACCAAAAGCUUUUGAAGAACUGGGGAAGCAGAUUCAACUUUACUUGAAAGUUGUUAACGCGUACAAAAAUAAGGAAGAGGCCUACGAUCACUUGGAUCCCGCUGAUAUGGAAAAAAUGGAAAAGAGCAUUAACGAGGCCAUGGAAUGGCUGAAUAACAAAAUGAAUUUACAGAUGAAGCAAGAUCCUACUGCAGACCCAAUAGUGAAGACCAAGGAUAUCCAAGGCAAAGCUAAAGAGUUAAUAAACUUGUGCAACCCAAUAGUAACAAAACCGAAGCCCAAGGUCGAGCCACCGAAAGAGGAGCAGUCAAGUGAGCAGAACGGACCAGUAGAUGGCAAUACAAACAGCCAAGGGCCACAGGGUGCUGAGCCGAAGCCAGAUGCAGCUGCUGCAGAGGCAGAGAAGAAGCUCCCUGAAAUGGACAUUGAAUAAAUUCCAUCAUUUAUUUCUAUUCUAAAACAGUAUAAUAAAGCUUUAAGUUGUUACCCACAUACGGCUCAGAGUACCAGUCCGAGGAAAGAGACAGCAGUUUUCCUAGUUAGUCACCCCUUUUAUUUCUCCCCCCCGCCUUUUUCUUCUUUUUGUUUAUUUUUUUACUGAUCAUUUGGCAUUCGUAUUGUUUGUUUGAAUGUUCUUUUCUAUUUAUGUUGCUUUAGCGUAAAUCCUUGUUGCUACAACUGAUUAGUGUUGGCUGUAACUCGCACAUUAGCCAGUAGGCCAGUGUGUCCGUAGCUACAACAGGUAUGCAGCUUAAUAGUAGAACUCAAGGCCUACCUACCUACAAUAAGUUGAAUUGCUACAAAAAGCCACAAUCAAAGGACACUCCUGUGUUCAUGCGCUUAACUUUACUCCAGAUCCUGAAGUCUUGGUUUGCAUCUUUCCCUGUAUGCUGCACUACUGCCCCACUGACAGCUGGAAACCAGAGUAUUAAAACUCAGCACUGAUAGUGGUCUCUUAGUAGUACCCUGAGUUUACUGUCCUAUAAGUACUGGCAUUUGCUGAUCUCAUUAUGUUUUCCAUUAUCAAGGUGUAGGUGAGUGUUUUAAAUGCAGUUUGAUAGGUACCAUUCGCCCAUCCUUUAAUGGAAGUCGCAACGAAAAGCUUCAAUAGUUUAACGGCCUUUGUUGUUUCUGAUUAGUGUUGAACUCGAACAAAGCCACGAAUGACCAUCUUUAAUGCUGGAUUAACGGCCUUUGUUGUUUCUGAUUAGUGUUUAACUCAAACAAAGCCACGAAUGACUGUCUUUAAUGCUGAAUUAUAAAAUAUAGAACUACAUGAAUUUAGCCUUGCUCCGGGGGAGGCACAGCAAGUAUUGCUUUCGAGCCACGGCUUCAUAUUGUAACAGCAGGUGAAUCACUUAAGGCCAUGCAAUGCAGUCUAUUCGUCCUUCAUGUUAUUUUAAACAUGGGGCAUGUAUUUAGAACACAAGUAUUGGCUAAAAUUCUUGCCGCAAGAAGGUUUCUGAUAAGCGGAAACAUUUGCAGGCAAGAUUUACAUCUAAUACUGAUCCGGACUUAGUAACCAGUAAGUUACCAUACCCCCAUAGAUAUAAUCCAUCUUUGUAAUUUUUUUUUUAUGAUUGUUACAUAAUCAAAACUCUAAAACACAGCAGUUCUUGUCUCAAAAUAAACAUGCUGGGUUGCAA